AUGUCUGUCCGAAGCACCUGCAUUGGCGCGCAGCUCGCUCUCUGGUUCGGCGUGGUUCUUUUACAUGUCUCAUUUGCAAAACUCAUCACGGCAUUCUACGUUCACAGAAACACGCAGAACCCGAAGCAUCAAACAAUUGAUUGCGAGAAACAGCUUGAUCCGGUACAAUGA